GGUGAACACACAGACACAAAAACUAGCCGUUACUCUAUAUCGUAGUAGCAUUCAAACUAACCAGCCACGCGAAGCCACCACGACAACCGCAGCAAAAUCUCCGGAAGCCGCCCCGCCACCGAACCGAAGAGCGCCGCCACCGCCAUGGGGAGUCUCGGCGGCAAGUCCGACUACGAGAGCGUCCGCGACGCCCGCAUCUCCGAGAACCUGGCACGGAUGGAGAUGCUCGGCCUGCGCCGCUGCGCCGGGGAGUUCAGUGCCAUCGCCUCCGCCUCCGCGUCCGCCUCGGCAGCAGCCAGCCGCCGCGCCGGGAUCGGCGGCACAACCCCGAGGAGGAACCCCAAGCCGCCGCGUGUCCUCACCCCGCUCCGCCGCUCCGGCCGAUUGGUCGCCAUCGCCGCCGCGGCGCCGGCCGGAUCCGCGUCGGGUCCCCGCCGUUCCGCCCGGCUUAACGGGCAGACGACGGAGCACAAGGCGCUGCCUCUGAAAGGAUCUUUGAGUAAGUUUGCCGCGGAGGAAGCAGAGGAGGAGGAGGAGGAGGAGGAGCAAGAAGAGAAGAAGGCGAUGGUGGUGAUCGACAAGGAGAGGGUGCGGAUCCUGCAGGAGCGGAGGUGUGACAGCAAGGGGAGGGGCGCCGUGUACGACCCUGUUCUUGGGAUUUGCUGCCAUUUCUGCAGGCAGAAGAAAUUGUGCGGCGAGGAGGGCUGCAAGCGCUGCGGGGAAGGAGACCUGAACCAGCCUUGCAUAGGGAAGACGGAUUGCUCCUCUUGCCAUUCUUCUUAUGGAAUACUGUGCCGUGCUUGCCUGAAAGUGAGGUAUGGGGAAGACAUGGAUGAGGUCAGGAAGAACAAGAACUGGAUGUGCCCUCACUGUAUUGAGGAGAAGGGUACCAAGAAAUUCUGGAUAUGUAACAGCUCCAUCUGCUUGAAGAAGAGGAAGUUAUCACCAACUGGAAUUGCCAUAUACGACGCGCGGGAGCAAGGUUACGAGUCUGUUGCGCACCUUCUCAUGGACAAGCUGAAGUGCCGAGCAUUCUGAGGUCUUCUAUGUCGUUCAGAGACGACGAUGAUGUUUGCCUAGCGCACUGGAAGGUGGAAGGGCCCCUUUUGUUUUGUUGACAGUAGGUAUGACGCACUUUAGGAGAAAAACUAGUGUAGAAAUGAGUACCACUAUUGUGCUCAAGAUUGUGAAUCUAGUACUAGAACCUUUUGUAGCCGAUGUUUCCAUAUGCUGCUUGUGUUUGGGGGCAGCUGGGCUAUUGACUGUUCUUCUGAAGAUCCAAGCAAGGGAACAUGUAUUGCCUUUUCAAUCAGUGGUUGAUGAGUCAUGACCAUAACUGUGUCUGCUACUUGCUAAUUUCAUGGCUUAAUGUCAUUUGUACCAAACGAUAAUUUUGUUAAACAUUGGUGCCUUGGUGGCAUGCCAUUUGGAUAA